GUAACAUUCUGCCACCGGAAGUCCACUCUCAGACGCCCGGCGACCGUGGCUCGAGUCCCGGGCCGACCUCGGAACCGCCGCGCUGCCGCGCCUCCUCGCCGGGGGCGGAGCAGGACGGGCCGCCGGGUGACGCCACCGCAGGCCCGCCGCCGGCUCCCUUCCACCGCGCUCGACGCUGCGCCUUCCGCCCAGAGGUAGCGCCCGGGGGCGAAGCGGGCAAGCCCCGCCGCUUCCCUCCCUGCAGGGGUCUCCUCUGGGGCCGCCCCCAGGCACCCCUCGCCCGCCCCGGAGGAGCCGGGCCGUCCCGCAGGUGCUUUGCCAGAGGGACUCAUCCUUGUCUCUGGUGGUUCUGCAGUUUUGCUUCUUUGGCAAUGCACCCGGCCUGCCAGAGAGGACUCAGCCUAUACAGGUCCCAGUUGUUAAAUGAAUUCCGUGUCACCUGCUUCAGUGCAAUACUUGAGCCACGAUGAGCUGCCCCACUCAGACGGACAGCAGUGCUUUCGUUCCAGGGCCGGCAGCCAUGGGGAAAGCUGCAUGAGGUCCAUCUCUGCAGGCGGUUCUGCCCAUGGCCAGCACGGCGAGCCUGAUAAAGUGGACAAAAUCAAAUGCAAAUUCCUUUCUGUCUGGAACAAAGUGAAAUAUGGUUGGACAGUCAAGAGCAAAACCAAUUUCAGCAAGCUCUCUCCGGUCUACCUCUUUGGAUACAUCUACCACUUUGAGCAAGAGGAGGAUGUGGAGCGUUUCCAGAAGGAUUUUGCUUCCCGCAUCUGGCUCACCUAUCGGCGAGAGUUUCAGCAACUGGAGGGCACUAUGUGGACCACAGACUGUGGCUGGGGCUGCAUGCUGCGCAGCGGCCAGAUGCUGCUGGCCCAGGGACUCCUCAUCCAUUUCCUUGGCAGAGGAUGGACCUGGCCAGACGCCUUACUCACCAGUGAUUUGGCAGAGAACGAACCCGAGAAAAGCGCCUCCUUUUCCUGCUCCAGCACCGCUCACCUGCAUCAGACCCCACCCCUCCCAGCUAAUAAGAGAAGGGCCCCCGUGGAGAGCUGGACCCCUCAGCAUACCUACAGCCCUGAUGAACUGGAGAAGGAGCACUGUCACCGGAAGAUUAUCUCAUGGUUUGCGGAUAGGCCGGAAGCACCUUUCGGGAUCCAUCACCUUGUUGAUCUUGGGCGCGGUUCAGGAAAGAAAGCUGGGGACUGGUACGGCCCUUCUAUCACUGCCCACAUUGUGAGGAAAGCAGUGGAUUGCUGUUCAGAAGCAGGAAGUCUGGUUGUUUAUGUGUCUCAGGACUGCACAGUAUACAAAGGUGAUGUCGCAAACCUGGCCAACAGGAGUGAAGAUAAGGCUGCGUGGGACCCCCGUGCAGACUGGAGUGCAGUCAUCAUCCUGAUACCCAUGCGGUUGGGUGGGGAGAACCUCAACCCUGCCUAUGUGGACUGCGUUAAGGAGCUUCUGAAGUUGGAUUUCUGCAUCGGGAUCAUUGGAGGAAAACCAAGGCACUCUCUCUAUUUCGUGGGAUAUCAAGAUGACUUCCUCUUGUACUUGGAUCCUCACUACUGUCAGCCCUUUGUGGACACCACCCAGGAGAAUUUUCCCCUGGAGUCCUUCCACUGCAACUUCCCUCGCAAAACGGCAUUCAGUAAAGUGGAUCCCAGCUGCGCUAUUGGAUUCUAUGCCCGUCACCGCAGAGAGUUUGAGCAGCUGUGCUUGAAGUUGACGCAGGUCCUGAACUCUGCAGCCGUCAAAGAGAAGUAUCCCAUGUUCUCAGUUGUGGAGGGUUGUUCCCAGACAUAUGGCUUGGAUGAACCGAGCACCCACUUCUCUCAGCAGACGUUGCAAACCCAACGGCUUAUCAAGCGGGACAGGGUGAAAAAACCUACUGCGGAAGAAUUUGUUGUCUUAUGAUUACUGAACAGGAAGCGUCAACAUCACUGACUUAUUUAUUAUUAUUUAUAUAGAGCCUUUAGGCUGGCUCCAUCCCUGUGCAGCUGAGAACGGGACUCCUGUGUCAUCUCUGAAGAUGACUCUGUUGCUGUAACCUCAUCAUGCUGCAAGUGAGAGGUCUUAGUUGCCACAAAUAGGCCACUGCUAGAAAAAAGUCGUCACACUGGAAUACUUAGCACUGAGAUUGGCUAUGCACAGCAAGAACAGAGACAUUAAAACUGGGGCAUGAAGACUGUGGGGGGUGAAGGGAAGACUUCUCAUAAGAUGGCUGUGAAUUUGUUUUAUAAAAAAUAAGUUUGUCUGCUCUGCUGACAUUCCAGUCCUGAACUUGGGAUCAAGCUAACCCUUUGACUUGCUGCUGUCUCUCAGAGUUAAAAUUCUUUGCUACCCUGAUUGCACUGUCACUUUUCUCCAUCAGCACUGUAUCUACUCACCAGACUUUCUAACCCAUCGCAGUGAUGCGGGAGGAACCAUGUCCUCUUUUCUGAGCAGGGGGAAAUCCAUAGUCACUUUAGUAAGGGAAGAAGAGCUUGCUUUUGAUGGGGCUUUUACCCUGUAGCUCAGGGUAACCUCCUUGGGAUGAAGGUGGCUCCCCCCCCCCCAAUUUUUAUUAUUCCCAAAGCACCUUUCUUCUCUUGCAUCAUCAAUUCAUCCUGUCACAAUCAAGGGAAGGCUACAGUAGUUCUCUAUACAGGCUCCUGCGGCAUGUUGACUGGACACACGGGGAGGGAGCAGGGCACAAGCGCAUUGGCCCUGCCCGUCCACCCCCACCAGAUUGCUGGGCAAUUGCAUAGUGUGAACAAAUGGAAGGAGUGUCUGUACACGUGCUGCAUCCCCGUAAUUGGGAAUUUUGUUUUCUAAAUGCUGCUGAUUAUGGGGAGGAAGUGUACACGCGGCACCAGGUUUACAAGCCGGUGAUCAGGCAGGGGCGGAACCAGCAGGCUCAAGCCCAAUCUCCCUCUUGCCAUGUUCGGCCAAUGCACGGAGGGUUCAUGUGUGAUCUUGGAAUCUGAGGAAGCAGGUUUGCAACUGAGUACUCUCAUCUGCCUCUUGUCAACGAUGCUCAACACAUUUUUAUUCAUAGGCAGCCAGACUUGCUCUGAAGAUUACUGUGUUGAUGACAAUUCAGAAACUUGCCAUAAAGGGUUGCUCCUCUUUAGUUCCCUUCAGAGGCAAAACCUUCUGGAUGCGUUUUAGUUAAUAAAUGAUCAAUUUGGUGCAUAA